AUGCGGUCCUCUGUCUCGACCGCCACGGUUCCGCCCAAGGAGCCACGGGCCCGGAGCUUUGUGGUCAAGGGCGAGACGCAGCAGGUCUUCAAGGCGGAGAAUGAACACGAUCACUUUUUCUGGACAUAUACCGAGGAGCCGCAUAGGACGCGGCGAAUGGCAAUUAUAAAGGCACACCCAGAGGUCACGAAACUCUGCGGCCCAGAGCCCCUCACGAAAUACGUUGUCCUAUUCGUCGUCUCUCUCCAAAUAACGUGCGCCUACCUACUACGCAACACGCCCAUUCUCUCGUGGCCCUUCUUCCUUACUGCCUACAUCAUCGGCGCAACCGCGAAUCAGAAUCUCUUCCUCGCCAUCCACGAAAUAUCACACAACCUCGCCUUUCGCUCCCCACUCGCCAACCGCGUCUUCGCCGUCUUCGCCAACCUCCCCAUCGGCAUCCCCUACAGCGCCUCCUUUCGCCCUUACCACCUGACACACCACAAAUCCCUCGGCGUGAAUGGGCUAGACACCGAUCUGCCCACCGCAUUGGAAGCUGUGUUUCUCGAUUCCGUAGCUGGCAAGGCUUUCUUCGCUACCUUCCAGAUCCUCUUCUACGCGCUGCGUCCCAUGUUCAUAUACGCGCUGCCCAUGACUCAAAUCCACCUCUUCAACAUAGCUGCUCAAUUGGUUUUCGACUACCUCCUUGUUCGCUACGCAUCUGGCCACGCACUAGCCUACCUCAUUCUCUCCUCCUUCCUUGCAGGCUCCCUGCACCCAUGCGCAGGCCACUUCAUCGCCGAACACUACGUUUUCGAGAAACGCAGCGACAGCACCUCGACGUCCCCGUCCACAACCACAUCCAAAGACGUCGCAAACCCCGCCCAUGCCAUUCCCCUCCCAGAAACCUACUCGUACUACGGCAUCCUCAACUUCUUCACCUACAACGUCGGUCUCCACAACGAGCAUCACGAUUUCCCCGCCGUGCCCUGGACCAGGCUGCACGCCCUCAAUCGCAUCGCACAUGAGUUUUAUGACGACUUGCCUAGACACGAGAGUUGGUGCUGGGUCAUGUGGCAGUUCAUCUGGGACAAGGAUAUCAGCCUUUGGUGUAGGGUAAAGAGAGAGGAGGGGGGAAGAAAGGUGGGCGCGGGGAGUAAGAAGCCUGGUUGGAGUGAGGAGGAGUUGGGCGCGAAUGAGGCCAAUGGACCGAUUCCGGGGGUUAGAUGA